AUGCGCGCUUUCCUUCUUGCAUGCGCGCUUUCCUUCUUGCAUGCGCGCUUUCCUUCUUGCAUGCGCGCUUUCCUUCUUGCAUGCGCGCUUUCCUUCUUGCAUGCGCGCUUUCCUUCUUGCAUGCGCGCUUUCCUUCUUGCAUGCGCGCUUUCCUUCUUGCCUUGCAUGCGCGCUUUCCUUCUUGCAUGCGCGCUUUCCUUCUUGCAUGCGCGCUUUCCUUCUUGCAUGCGCGCUUUCCUUCUUGCAUGCGCGCUUUCCUUCUUGCAUGCGCGCUUUCCUUCUUGCAUGCGCGCUUUCCUUCUUGCAUGCGCGCUUUCCUUCUUGCAUGCGCGCUUUCCUUCUUGCAUGCGCGCUUUCCUUCUUGCAUGCGCGCUUUCCUUCUUGCAUGCGCGCUUUCCUUCUUGCAUGCGCGCUUUCCUUCUUGCAUGCGCGCUUUCCUUCUUGCAUGCGCGCUUCCUUCUUGCAUGCGCGCUUUCCUUCUUGCAUGCGCGCUUUCCUUCUUGCAUGCGCGCUUUCCUUCUUGCAUGCGCGCUUUCCUUCUUGCAUGCGCGCUUUCCUUCUUGCAUGCGCGCUUUCCUUCUUGCAUGCGCGCUUUCCUUCUUGCAUGCGCGCUUUCCUUCUUGCAUGCGCGCUUUCCUUCUUGCAUGCGCGCUUUCCUUCUUGCAUGCGCGCUUUCCUUCUUGCAUGCGCGCUUUCCUUCUUGCAUGCGCGCUUUCCUUCUUGCAUGCGCGCUUUCCUUCUUGCAUGCGCGCUUUCCUUCUUGCAUGCGCGCUUUCCUUCUUGCAUGCGCGCUUUCCUUCUUGCAUGCGCGCUUUCCUUCUUGCAUGCGCGCUUUCCUUCUUGCAUGCGCGCUUUCCUUCUUGCAUGCGCGCUUUCCUUCUUGCAUGCGCGCUUUCCUUCUUGCAUGCGCGCUUUCCUUCUUGCAUGCGCGCUUUCCUUCUUGCAUGCGCGCUUUCCUUCUUGCAUGCGCGCUUUCCUUCUUGCAUGCGCGCUUUCCUUCUUGCAUGCGCGCUUUCCUUCUUGCAUGCGCGCUUUCCUUCUUGCAUGCGCGCUUUCCUUCUUGCAUGCGCGCUUUCCUUCUUGCAUGCGCGCUUUCCUUCUUGCAUGCGCGCUUUCCUUCUUGCAUGCGCGCUUUCCUUCUUGCAUGCGCGCUUUCCUUCUUGCAUGCGCGCUUUCCUUCUUGCAUGCGCGCUUUCCUUCUUGCAUGCGCGCUUUCCUUCUUGCAUGCGCGCUUUCCUUCUUGCAUGCGCGCUUUCCUUCUUGCAUGCGCGCUUUCCUUCUUGCAUGCGCGCUUUCCUUCUUGCAUGCGCGCUUUCCUUCUUGCAUGCGCGCUUUCCUUCUUGCAUGCGCGCUUUCCUUCUUGCAUGCGCGCUUUCCUUCUUGCAUGCGCGCUUUCCUUCUUGCAUGCGCGCUUUCCUUCUUGCAUGCGCGCUUUCCUUCUUGCAUGCGCGCUUUCCUUCUUGCAUGCGCGCUUUCCUUCUUGCAUGCGCGCUUUCCUUCUUGCAUGCGCGCUUUCCUUCUUGCAUGCGCGCUUUCCUUCUUGCAUGCGCGCUUUCCUUCUUGCAUGCGCGCUUUCCUUCUUGCAUGCGCGCUUUCCUUCUUGCAUGCGCGCUUUCCUUCUUGCAUGCGCGCUUUCCUUCUUGCAUGCGCGCUUUCCUUCUUGCAUGCGCGCUUUCCUUCUUGCAUGCGCGCUUUCCUUCUUGCAUGCGCGCUUUCCUUCUUGCAUGCGCGCUUUCCUUCUUGCAUGCGCGCUUUCCUUCUUGCAUGCGCGCUUUCCUUCUUGCAUGCGCGCUUUCCUUCUUGCAUGCGCGCUUUCCUUCUUGCAUGCGCGCUUUCCUUCUUGCAUGCGCGCUUUCCUUCUUGCAUGCGCGCUUUCCUUCUUGCAUGCGUCGCUUCCUUCUUGCAUGCGCGCUUUCCUUCUUGCAUGCGCGCUUUCCUUCUUGCAUGCGCGCUUUCCUUCUUGCAUGCGCGCUUUCCUUCUUGCAUGCGCGCUUUCCUUCUUGCAUGCGCGCUUUCCUUCUUGCAUGCGCGCUUUCCUUCUUGCAUGCGCGCUUUCCUUCUUGCAUGCGCGCUUUCCUUCUUGCAUGCGCGCUUUCCUUCUUGCAUGCGCGCUUUCCUUCUUGCAUGCGCGCUUUCCUUCUUGCAUGCGCGCUUUCCUUCUUGCAUGCGCGCUUUCCUUCUUGCAUGCGCGCUUUCCUUCUUGCAUGCGCGCUUUCCUUCUUGCAUGCGCGCUUUCCUUCUUGCAUGCGCGCUUUCCUUCUUGCAUGCGCGCUUUCCUUCUUGCAUGCGCGCUUUCCUUCUUGCAUGCGCGCUUUCCUUCUUGCAUGCGCGCUUUCCUUCUUGCUGCUUCAAUUAGCUGCUCUUUCUUGCACUGCCCCUUCCCUCCCUCCUUCUCUCCUUCCCUCGGUCCUUCAUCCCAUGCGGCCUACUGAUUGCAGAGUAACGAGGCCGGUGCGCGCGUGGCAGACACUGGAGUUCUGGCGCCACGUGUACGGCCGCGUAUUCGACGAUCUGGUGACAGUGUCAACAGAAGCAAUCCCUGAGCUGGGGGUCAUUGCGGCCACAAGCUCCCCUGCCGCCAACACCGAUGCCUCUCUCUCCUACACCGCACUCCCCACCAUCAUGGAGCAACACGCCUCAGCCUCGGGCUUCCUCUGGCUGGACGACGAUGCAAUUCUCAACUACUGGACGCUGGCCGAUGCCUCUCUGGAUAAGCUGGACCGCUCUCUGUGGCCCCGCCACCUCUCCUUCCCCCUCGCCGCCUCCGCCUCAUCGGCCUUCUUCAUCCCACAAAGGCUGGUCGACUCUGCUGCUCUGCACGUCAUCCCCGUGUUUGCAGCCGAGGCAAUACCCGCACAGGUGGCCAUUCCUCUUAUCCUCUUUACACUCGAGCAUCCAAAACGAAAGAUGGUGUGUGCGGCAACCAAUCAUGAAUGCGGAAAUUGA